AUGGCAUCUAAGCAGGGGCAUCUGGUGGUUUUGCAGCAGCACAAUGCUAUUCCAGUGCGCGCUUUUGCAAAGGAAGCUGCUCGUCCAACAUUUAAAGGAGAUGAGAUGUUGAAGGGUGUCUUCACGGAGAUCAAGAACAAAUUUCAGGCUGCAGUUGAUAUUCUCCGUAAGGAAAAAAUCACCCUUGAUCCAGAGGACCCAGCUGCGGUAAAACAGUAUGCAAAUGUCAUGAAGACCAUCAGGCAAAAGGCAGACAUGUUCUCUGAAUCUCAACGCAUUAAAUAUGAUAUUGAGAACGAGACUAAAGAUAUCCCAGAUGCUCGUGCAUACUUGUUGAAGUUGAAGGAUAUCCGCACUAGGAGAGGGCUUACUGAUGAGCUUGGUGCUGAGGCCAUGAUGUUCGAGGCUUUGGAGAAAGUUGAAAAGGAUAUAAAGAAGCCUCUCUUGAGAAGCGACAAGAAAGGAAUGGAUCUUUUGGUUGCAGAAUUCGAAAAAGGCAACAAAAAGCUUGGAAUAAGGAAGGAAGAUCUUCCUAAAUACGAGGAGAAGCUGGACCUCAGCAUUGCCAAAGCACAGUUGGAUGAGCUUAAGAGUGAUGCUCUUGAAGCAAUGGAAUCUCAGAAGAAGAAGGAGGAGUUCAAGGAUGAGGCAAUGCCUGACGUGAAGUCGUUGGACAUCCACGUAUACAAGCUUUAUACUGUAACUUGGCCAAUCGCUAUGUCGAUUUCUCUGAAACCACCUUCUCUUCCCGGAACGAGAGCUUCUUCUCUCUUACUCAGCCGAUUCGUCACCCGUCGAACGGCUUUCUCUCCGGUCAAUUCUCGCCGGAAGCUUCAUCCUUCCAUAGAUGACACAUCGUUUUCCGGACGGAGAGUUGGUUUCCGCGCGCGAACUAGUAUUACUGUUCGCUCGGUUUUGGAGACGGCGAAGAGUACGAUGUCGGAAGAGCCUGAGCCUCCGGUAAGAUUAGUUGCUAUCGUCGGGAAAGGAGAAGUAAGCCCACUCAAAUCCACCUCCUGGGACGAAGUUAUGCUCCACACUAGACUGAAAUGGGUUGAUGAAGGAUACGAAAUGCUCGUCUUUGAUGAUGAAAUUCUGAGCUCAAAUGAUCAGAGAGCUAUGAAUCUGAAACAGGAGCUGGAUCAGACUGAUAUAUUGGUUGUGGUUGCUGUUAAUAACCCUGAAUCAGUGAAGUGGAUUCAGUCAAACAGCAAAUACAUCAAGAACAUAAUUUGCUUCGAGUCUUCUCCUGAUUUGAUGAACAGGCUCGGAGGAAUUGAUUUUGGAAUCGGCAAGAAGGACAAGGAAGCAAAAGAGGUUGUGAAGACAGUGGGAGAUGCUUGGGAGCGUCGUAACUCUGAUGAUAUAAGGUUCUGUCUGCUUGUGAUCAUCAACGCCUACAUAAGACCAGUCCCUGUUUUGCAGAACUUGAGGUCCAAAGGGUUUUCGACGCUUGGUUGUAUGGUUAAAAACUGUGGGCCUCAGAUUUUGAACUGUCUCUUGGAUCCGAAUUGUCGGAAAGCUCUUCAGUGUUUGAACCAAUGUAGUCCUGUGGAUCAAGUGUGCAGUUACAGAUGCAUUGCUUCUUAUGAGAGUCCACACUUUGAAGCAUUCUCUCUCUGUGUACUACAGAAACACAACUGUCUAGAACUGGAUGCGAAGAUCCCUGAGAAGCCUUAUGUGCCUCCCAUGACGAGUUUUCGAGGGAAAGAGUUGUGUCAUGAGACAGCAGAAGACUUGUUUGUCGGAUGGUUAGGGGACUUGGAUUGGAGCUGGCGUGUCGUGGCCGGACAAAACCCGGCUUAUGAUCAGUUCCCAUGUCAGUACCAGCUUUUCUACAGAGGGAAAGGGAAGUCAUCGUUUUGGUAUGAGCCUGUGUUUCAGGUGAGGACGCUUGAAGGGAAGCUGGUGUGGAGAAGGAGAAGAUACUCGGUCAAGAGAGGAAAGACCCCUGCGACGUUCCGGUUCAGUGUUUUGGACAACGGUGUGGUGUCAAACGAGUUUUGGACUAUAGUUGAUGUGUCUGAUGAUCUAAGCUGGGGACUGUUCCAUUACAAUGGAGCGGCUCGUGUUGCGGGACAGUCUUACACCGGGGCUGUGCUCGUGACGCCGGAUGGUUCGUACCCGGCAGAGAAGGAAAAGGAGAGGUUACAGUCUGCGUUGGAGAAAUGUGGGAUUAAGGAGUGGGAACUCUUUGCUGUUGAUAACUGUUCUUGCGAGAAUCCACCAUUGGGGAUUCCAGAAGGUUCAAGACUACAUUCAAGAAUCAGCAUCAUCAAGGAACCAGACUCGGUUCAGCGUAUAGAGAUGUGAGAAAGUUUCUCCAGAGGUAAACAGAAGUUGAAAACGAAUAUUACAAACACAAGGAACCAAAAUGUAGGAAGCAUAUAUUGUCUUAAGACUCACCAUCUUGGGUAUAUCUCGAGGAGAUCUUGCUCUAUGUACAUAAGAUGGAUGUCUCGAAGUUGAUCCUCUUUUGUUGCAGCUUCAAGGCCAUCCUGUGCAUGAACCGAAAAAGAAUACAAAAAUUGUUGAAAUCAUAUAAAACAAAACAAGAUAUGAUUUAGAGUGUUCUAGAUUAAUUCUUUACCGUAGAAGACAUUAUGCACUGUAUAUGAAACGCUUCCUUGCAGUGCCCGCAUGAGUAAAUCUUAGCGUUGCAUUGUGAUCCACAUAGAGAACAACUCUUGCCUUCCGACGAAUAUGUUAGCUCGACUGUAUGUUGAUGUCGUUGAUUCUUCACCAUGUUCGGAAACCCAACACAUUCUACAUGAGCACUGAAUCCACAAUCAACACAGC